AUGACUGAGCUAUUAAGUGCAGGGGAAGUGCAACAUCCAUGUGGCUGGGCGUUUGCAUUUCCCUUCGUGAAGCGGGUGCCCCCUGCAAAACUGGUUCGUUUGCUCGGAACAGCGACACUGUUGGAUCGCAUUCGUGAAAACGACCCAACGCUUCGGUCCGUUCGAUUAGACUAUGAACUGCUACCACGAGAGGAAAUAAUGCAGGCAUUGCUGGGAAACAACACAAUCUCCAGCGUUGUAAUUGCGCGUGUCAUACCCAGGAAUUCGACAGGAACUGAUUUUGCUCGCUUUCUUGAGAGUUUGUAUCACCUCCCGCUGCGCAGCGUGCAAGUACAAGAUGGAGAGAAGCUCCCGAGUUCAUAUUUGAAUCACUUGCUUUACCUCGUGGAAUACUGUUCUGGUGUGGGAAAGGCCUGCAAAUGGACUGACGGUAAAUGUUAUGCUGGAGCCGACUUAAACACUGGGAAUACGACCACUGAGAUAAAUGAUGCCGAAGAGUUCAAUGGGAAUAACAGCCGAGAAGAUGUUGACUCGGAAGUACUGGAUUACAAGAGGGGCGCCGUGCUGGAAUUCGUCGACUUCUCGGGGUGUCGGCUAACGGUGCGGCAGGCGCAGUGGCUUGGGGAUAUUUUGUUUCAUCGUCGCUGCACGCUGAGGCAUGUGAAUGCGUGCGAGUGUCGCCUGGGAAAUGGGGGCGUGCGGGCGCUCCUUCGACGCGUAAACACGAGCCCACGAUUGAAAGCCGCGAGCAUUGCGGAGGGGUCAGUAGUGCCACUAGACAUGAUAGAGUUGCGUUGGAAUGGCGUUACAGAGGAUGAAAGCAUACGAAAUUUCGUCGAUGUGGUGGAGAGGAGUCCUGACUGCUGGACUUGCAUGACAGUUUAUGGGAAUUACAUUUCUCCCCACAUGUACACAAGGUGCGAGGCUCAGGUGGUCAAGGCCAAACGUCUCAUGGAAGAGGAGCGCUUAAAAAGAAGGGAAAUUCCCACAAAUGUGGAGGUGGCCCAGCCGGACGGUCGGUUGUCUUCAGAAAAGGGAACAUCCUGUUCUCCUCGACGGUAUUUUGUAGAUCUUCUCACAUCAGUGGCGGGCGAAGUGGACUUCGUUUGCCCAUCCCUACGUGCUGUUUCUUCGCUUUUGCACGAAGAACCCUGA